AAAGCUUUCAGUGACGUUCAUUCAUCACAUCUUCUUUGGGCACAAAUGUGAACGAGGAGCUCGGCAGGACGGUGUGGAAAAAGUAAGCUGUUGGCAUCAUCGGUUUAUCCAAACAUGAAAACCCAACUGAGGAUGGCCCCACAGUACCAGAUGAGCGCUUCCCUGAAGUCGGAGAUACGGAAGUUAAACAUGGUCCACUUUCUCAUCUGGCUGCUGGUGGCUGCGCAAGUGACUGUCAGCCACUUGGACAUUCUGUCACGGGACACGGUGGCCAUGCCGUACCAAUGGGAGUACCCCUACCUGCUCAGCCUCCUCCCUCUGCUCUUCAGCAGCCUGUCCCUCCCAAAGAACAACAUCAGUUACCUGGUCCUGUCCAUGAUCAGUGCAGGGCUGUUUUCUUUUGCACCUCUUAUAUAUGGUAGCAUGGAGAUGUUUCCCGUAGCAAAACAGCUCUUCCGCCAAGGAAAAGCCUUCCGCUUCAUUUUUGGCUGCUCUGCAGUUACUGCUACGUAUGUUGUCAUAGUGGUUGCUGCUCAAGUGCACGGCUGGCAGUUAUACUACAUGAAAAAACUGCUGGAUUCAUGGUUUGAUGCCACUCAGGAGAAGAAGAACAAAUAGUGGAUUUUUUUUAAAACUGCGAAUGGACAAAACUGGUGUUUUGUUUGUUUGUUUGUUUUUAUAGAUGCUUUAUGUCUACUUAGUUGUCAUGAUCAUGUAAUAUGAUUCAUCAUGGAUCCCCAGUUUCCUUUUGAAAGCAGAUGAUUGUUCAUUUAAAUAAACCUAUUUAUUUUAA